AGGUGGGGAUGGGGAUGCAGGACUCCAGCAUCAUGGCGUGGAGGAUUAAGACCUCAGUGCAGCAUCUGCUCAUCAUGAAUGCCUUUCUCAUCCUGGCUCUGCUUCUUCAGUAUGGGGGAGGACAGAAAAAGAAAGAGAACCUUUUAAGUGAAAAGGUGGAGCAGAUGAUGGAGUGGAGCUCCCGGCGUUCCGUCAUCCGGAUGAACGGAGACAAAUUCCGGAGAUUCAUCAAAGCGCCCCCACGAAACUAUUCUGUGGUCGUGAUGUUCACGGCCCUGCAGCCUCAGAGACAGUGUUCUGUGUGCAGGCAGGCUAAUGAGGAAUAUCAGGUGCUGGCCAACUCGUGGAGAUAUUCAUCGGCGUUCUCAAACAAGCUCUUCUUUACUAUAGUUGACUACGACGAAGGAGCAGACGUUUUCCAGCAGCUCAAUAUGAACUCCGCACCUACGUUCAUGCAUUUUCCUGCCAAAGGGAAGCCCAAGAGAGCGGACACCUUUGACCUCCAGCGAAUCGGCUUUGCUGCAGAGCAGCUGGCGAAGUGGAUUGCAGACAGGACCGAUGUCCAUAUUCGUGUUUUUAGGCCUCCGAACUAUUCAGGCACGAUUGCUCUGGCCUUAUUGGUUUCCUUAGUGGGAGGUUUGCUUUAUCUGAGAAGAAACAAUCUGGAAUUUAUUUAUAACAAGACCGGUUGGGCAAUGGCAGCUCUGUGCGUUGUGUUUGCCAUGACAUCAGGACAAAUGUGGAAUCACAUACGUGGACCUCCUUACGCUCAUAAAAAUCCACAGAACGGCCAAGUGAGCUAUAUCCAUGGAAGUAGCCAAGCCCAAUUUGUGGCAGAAUCUCACAUUAUUCUUCUGCUGAAUGCGGCCAUCACGAUGGGAAUGGUUCUCCUCAAUGAAGCGGCCACGUCCAAAGGAGAUGUCGGAAAAAGACGGAUUAUAUGUUUGGUUGGGUUGGGUCUCGUGGUCUUUUUCUUCAGCUUCCUUCUGUCGAUCUUCCGUUCAAAGUACCACGGAUACCCAUACAGUUUUUUAAUUAAAUGAGAAUUCCCAGGAGGCCAGCGUUUCAAGCGAAGCUGAAGUAUCUGCAUCAGUAUUAUCCGCAUAUUCCGAACCCCAGCCGCCUUUCUUCGCUUCUUCAGCUACUGCGUUCAAUUAUAGCGUCGGAAGAAACUGAUCUGUAUGUUGUUGUGUCAAUGGGAACUUGUGAAUCCAUUUAUUAUUUAUCAAUUGUAUCGUAUUCUUGUAGGACGUAGUUGGCACUUUUAAUAAAAUUGUGUUGCAGUCGGAAAAAAAAGCUUCGUCAGAAAUUUUCGAAUUUAAGGAAACUUAUUUUAGAUCAUUUUUGUAAUUGACAGGCUUUGUAAGUGCUCCGUGCACCAUUUUUGUUAAUAAUAUUGGAUUAAAAUGUAAAAUUGGUUAAAUUAAAAUGGGUUUGAAAUGCAAAA